AUGUGGUGGAAUUGUGUUCGAGGAGGAGAACACUAUACAAAGGAAGUUCCUGAACUGUUACUAGAUGAAUCUGAACCAGAGUUUUGUUCGACUGUUAUAACAAGCAUGGUUACUCAGUGUGAAUCAAUUCGUUCUGUGUUCGAAAAAAUCGAGUCGUUCCGAAAACUGCAGCGUAUUUUUGCCUAUGUCUUGCGAUUUUAUCGGAAUUGUGAGGAAACCUGUAAAGAGAAGCGCAUCAUGUGUAGAUACCCAACGACAUCGGAAAUGAGAGAGUCUAUGAAGAUCAUAGUAAAGACAGUUCAGCAUAUGGAAUUCGCCUCAGAAAUUGCCAAGCUCGAGAAGGGUGAGCCGUCUAAGAAGUUUCAUAAUUUAAGUCCAUUUCUAGACGAUGGUAUGCUACGAGUAGGUGGCCGGCUUCGCCACUCAAACCUUCCUUAUUCAACCAAGCAUCAAUACAUUUUACCUCACCACAAUAUAGUUGUACAAAACCUAGUCCGGUGCAUUCACAAGGAAAACUUGCAUGUUGGUCCUUUGGUACUUUUGGCUGCCGUUCGGCGACAGUUUUGGGUAACAAACGCAAGAUCGGUUGCCCGCAAAAUCACUCGUAGUUGCGUCCAAUGUUUCAAGGUUAAGCCCAUCAUCACAGGACAAUUCAUGGGAGACCUUCCAUCGACUCGUUGUGACAGAUCACUGUCAUUUCAAAGAGUUGGAUUAGAUUUUGCUGGUCCUUUUUUGAUUAAGCAAGCUGGAAGAAAUGCAGCACCAGUUAAGGGGUACAUAUGUGUAUUUGUGUGCAUGGUAACGAGAGGAAUUCAUCUUGAGGCUGUCGAAAAUUUGUCCACCGAAGCAUUCAUUGCCGCACUGCUUCGGUUCGUUUCCCGCCGUGGUGUCCCUCAAGAGUUAUUGUCCGAUAACGGGACAAACUUUGUAGGUGCGAAACAUGAGCUGCAUGACUUGUAUCAGCUUUUCAAGCUGCAACAAAUGGAAAAGAAAAUAUUUGAAUUUUGUCAACCACGUGAAAUAAAAUGGAAAAUGAAUCCUCCAGGCGCUCCACAUAUGGGGGGCAUGUGGGAGGCAGGUGUAAAGAGCGUUAAAACAAUAUUGAAAAGAGUAUGCAAAACAUCGCUACUAACUAUGGUGGAAUUUGCUACAUUAUUAUGUCAAAUUGAGGUUGUCCUCAAUUCUCGACCAUUGUAUGCGCAUUCUGAUGAUCCAAUAGAUCCCGAAGCACUGACGCCUGGCCACUUUUUGAUCGAUUGA